AUGCAUUUCGAUUCCGCUACAUUUGAAGACACUAUACCUCAUUUUAAUAAUCUACAUCUACCACAUUCAAAUGUAUUAGUCUAUAAUCUCUCGUCAUCGAUAGAAAUUACUCAAAACAAUACAAUAACAACAUCCGAGGAUCCUUAUCGUAAUCUAGCAGACAAACUCGUAUAUAAAUACAUAUGUUUAGCGAUUUUUGUUAUCGGAUUCAUCGGCAAUUUGCUUAGUGUAUUAGUUUUUAGUCGACCAGCUCUACGACGUCGAUCUUGUGCUAUCUAUUUUCUCGCAUUAGCUAUUACUGAUAUAGCUUCCUUGUGUUCAUCGUUUAUUGAUACCGUCCUUCCAUCUUUUAAUAAUGUUUCUUUGACAAUGAAAUGGGCAUUUAUUUGUAAACUAAAUCCUUUACUGGUCUAUUUCACUACUGAUUUAUCGAACUUUCUAUUAGCUGUUGCAUCGAUUGAUCGAGCAGUAUCGAUUCAAUGUCCUGUGAAAUCGCAGUACUUCUGUCGAGCACGCAUUGCGAUAUAUAUUAUUCUUGUUAUGUCAAUUGUAUUUCUUCUUAUCAACGGUCAUCUCUUCUGGGGCUUUGAAAUCAUUGACGAACAAUCAUCAAAAUUUUGUCUCGCAUCAAAAACAAAAUAUGUGUAUUAUAAUGAGCCGUAUUCAAUGACUUAUGAUCGCUUCUACGCGAUAUUCGACUCUUUAGAUAUGUUAUUCGCUGUUGUUAUUCCAUUUAUUGUUAUGUUAAUAUGUAAUAUAAUUAUUCUGAUACGUGUUAUUACUUCUCGACGAUCGGUUACAACAACUGCUUCGAACGCAGGUCAGUCAAAAGAAGCUCGAAAACGACAUGAUAAAGAAAAACAAUUAACUAUUAUGUUACUUGGAAGCGCAGCUGCAUUUUUAGUAUUUACAUUACCGACAGAAAUAAAUGAUACGAUACGUGCUUUUCAUCCACCCGAUGUUCCUCAGACUCAAGGUCCUGCAGCCUUAGUCACAGCAAUCUUUAUUGCCAUGGGACAAUUGAAUCAUGCGAUUCAUUUCUAUAUUUACACGUUAACUGGUCGAGUUUUUCGAAAUGAAUUGAUACAAUUGUUUACUCUAUCGAAAUAUAGCGUUUUAAGGCAAAAGACUGUCUCGUCAAUUCGACAAACGAACGCUGAUCAACGACUUUUGAGUCUAUCGAAGAAAAAACCUAAUCCUGAUGAUUUUGAUGCUUAG